AUGGGCUUAGGUGGAGAAGGAUAUCUUAAUUUUAUGGGAAAUGAAUUUGGGCAUCCAGAAUGGAUAGAUUUUCCUAGAGGCGACCAGCAUCUUUCGAAUGGAAUGGUCAUACCAGGGAACAAUUAUAGCUUUGACAAAUGCCGCCGCAUGUUUGAUCUAAUUGUUAAAGAAUUGGCUCUGAAGCCAUCAGUCUGCAUGUUCAUGAAAUUAUAUGUUUGCAUUUUCUUGAAGCUGACUGAUGAUUUUCACCUUUCUUUGGGAGAUGCAGAUUAUCUCAGGUAUCAUGGAAUGCAGGAAUUUGAUCAAGCAAUGCAGCAUCUUGAAGAGAAAUAUGGUUUCAUGGCAUCAGAGCAUCAAUAUAUAUCGCGAAAAGAUGAAGGGGAUAGGAUGAUUGUUUUUGAGAGAGGAGAUUUAGUAUUUGUUUUCAAUUUCCAUUGGACUAAUAGCUAUGUUGACUACCAAGUUGGUUGCUUAAAGCCUGGAAAAUACAAG